CUCUCUCUCUCUCUCUCUCUCAGCAUCAAUCUACACAGUCUCUGUCUUCUUCUGCAAUAAACUUCACCUUUUACACUUUACUUGAGUGCUCAAACAAGCCCUGAAUCCAACGUACCACCAUGUGACUUUGUCACCCCACAUCACAAAUAACAUUAUUCAGAGCAGUUCAUAACCACAAUGCACUAAUUCUAAUCCCAACAAAAUGCCAAACCCACAACAAAACUUCAGCCUCUGGUCCUCCUGCCGCCGCAAACUCAUCGCCACCAUGCGCUGCAGCUGCGGAAUAUCCCGCCACAACAAACCCAUCAACUCACCGCCGGUGAUCAAGCUGCCGCCGGAACCUUCAUCGGAGGAAAAGAAUGUGAUGAUGAAAGAGACCAUGAAGCGGUUGCAGAGUGGAGAAAACGAUGCCGUGUUACGAGGAGCGAAAGAUGUUAGAGAGUUGGCGAAAACCGAUUCGGAAGCUCGAAUGAAUUUCGGGUUGAUCGGAGUGAUUCCAUUGCUUGUUGCAAUGCUUGAUUGUGAAGAUGUUGAUUCACAUAUAGAGGCUCUAUAUGCUUUGCUUAAUCUUGGAAUUGGAAAUGAUAUGAAUAAAUCCGCUAUUGUUGAAGCGGGAGGGGUACACAAGAUGCUUGAUCUAGUUACGCCUCCAAAAGAGUGUUUACCUGAUGUGACAGCUGCAGUAAUUGCGAAUUUUCUUGGAUUAAGUGCCUUUGAUUCAAACAAAGUUGUCAUAGGAUCUUCUGGGGCUGUCUCAUUCUUGAUCAAAACCCUAAGAGGAUUGAUCAAGGCGGAAACCAAAACCGAGGACAUGGAUUCGCAAGUGGUUCAAGAUUGUUUAAGGGCACUAUACAAUAUAUCUAUUUUGGCGACGAAUGUUUUGCGGAUGAUUGAGAUUGAUGGCUUUGUACAAUUUUUGUUGAGCGCGAUUGGAGGAGAUGCGGAGAUAAGUGAGAGAAUACUUUUGAUUCUGUCUAAUGUUGUGUCGACCCCUGAGGGUCGACGGGCGGUUAGUGCUGUGCAUGAUGCGUUUACAAUUUUAGUGGAUGUUUUAAGUUGGAUGGAUUCGCCGAAUUGCCAAGAGAAGGUGGCAUACAUUUUAAUGGUGAUGGCUUACAAGUCGAGUGAAGAUCAACAAGCCAUGAUCGAGGCGGGGAUCAAGUCUUCGUUGCUAGAAUUAACUCUUUUGGGUAGUACUUUAGCACAAAAAAGAUCAUCUAGGAUUCUAGAGAUCUUGAGAACCGACAAAGGGAAACAAGUUUCAGAAAACACUAGAGGAGGUGCAGGGACGACUUUGUCAGCGCCCCUUUGUGGGUCCGGUGAUAAUGCUGAAUCACCGGACUCAUCAAGUGGUUUUUCAAAUAGAAAUGCGGUAAAGCACUUGGUAGAACAAAGCUUGCUGAGCAAUAUGAGAAAGAUAGUGAAAAGGGCAAAUUUACGGCAAGAGUUUGUGUCGUUAGAGCAUUUGAAGUCGUCGGUUACUUUACAUAAUUCAUCCUCAAAAAGCUUACCUUUUUGAGAUGAUUUUAAUGGUGAAGUCGUUCGCUUUUUAUGUUUAUCGUAUGAUUAGACCUUUUGUUAGGCUAUGAUGUUUUAUUUUGUAACGUUUAUUAAGAAAUCACUAGAAUUACCAACAUAUUAAAAAGCUACAUGUGCAUAGUAGGAAUGAAUGUUCUUUGUAACCUUUGUUUUCUUACUUCAACUUGUAUAUAAAGCAAACCAAGCAUG